AUGUCUGAAUAUUGUGAAAUUUUCAAUUUCAUCAAUCGAUAUCGGCCCAUUUUGUAUCAACAGGUUUUUCAGGUAAAUUUGGGACCCCAGGAUUUGCCACGUGGCAGGAUUCUAGAUUUAUUUCCAGAGAAAAACAAAAUCAAAACUCAACUUUUUGUGGUAUGAGUAAUUAGAACUGGAACUACAUAAUUAUAUACACAGAAUUUUUGGCUGAAAAUCCAAUUUUCUGCAAUUUUUGAGUUAAAAAAAAUAGGCCACCUGGCACAAAUUUCGGCGGGAAAUUUAAAAAAUUUUCAAUUUUCAGGGCGAAACUUUUCAGAAUUCAAAUUUUUCUGUAAAUUUUUAAGUUUAAAAAAUUUGCGUGAAUUCAAAUUUUUAUGAAAAAAAAGCCACGUGGCUCAAAUUUUGCCGGGAAACUCAAAUGUUCAAUUUUCAGCGCGAAAAAAAUUCAAACAUUCAAAAAUUAAAAUUUUUCUGCGAAAUUCAAUAAAUUUUCAAAUCUUCAAAUUUUCAGCGCAAAAUUCAAAAAUUUAGUUUUUUCUGCUAAAAAAAUUUAAAAAUUUCAAUUUUCAGCCAGAAAAAUUUGAAUUCUCAAAAAUUUCAAUCCAAAAAAAUUGAAAUUUGAAAAAAUUUUCGAAUUUCGCGCUGAAAUUGAACAUCUGAAAUUUUUAGCAUGAUUCAAAUAUUCAAAAAAUCAAAUUUUUCUAAGCGAUAAAAUUGAAAUUAAAUUUUUGCAGAAAAAUUUCGAAAAAAUAAUGCAGAACAAUUUGAAUUCUGAAAAAAAUGCUGAAAAUUUUUCAAAUUUCAUUUUUUUGCACGAAAUUAAAAAAAUUCCAAAAAAAUUUGAAAUCAAAAUUUGCAGCCAGAAUUUUUGGAAAAAAAUGUAGAAAAAUUUUUGAAUUUCGCGCUUAAUUUGAACUCCCAAAUUUUUAGCGCCAAAAAUUGAACAUUUGAAAAUUUCAGCAAGAUCUGCAAUUUUCCAGAUUCUCUCCUGCAUCGCCUCAAUUUUCCUCAUUUUCCUCGGUCGACUCAUCCAAAAACCCGCCUAUUUCCAUCCAAAUGUCAAAAUUCUACUCAAACUCUUCCAAUUUUCCAUGAUUUUCUACUCAUUCGCGAUUGCGAGUUCGCAGGUUCGCGCGACAAAUUCGCAAAUCGCGAGAAAAAAAAAAAAUUUUUCAGCUCUAUCAUCUUCUGGCCUCGCUGCUUUUUUCGAAUUGCGAAUUUCUGAUCUCUUCCAGAUUAUGUUUUCCUUUUCGAUUUAUCGCAACUACAACUGUUUCAGGUGGCAAAAAAAAAUAAAUUCGCAAAUUUUUUCGAAAAAAAUUUUUUUUUGCAGCUUUUGUCUUCCUAACUCUCAGCAUUCCUGUGGAAAGAGCGAUUGCGACAAAAAAUCUGGGAAAAGGCUAUGAAAAUCGCAAAUCGGAGAUUGGAGCCGGGAUGGGAUAUGUGGCGGUGAGUGUGCGGAAGAUUCCGCGCGGCUGGGAAGCUUGCGGUGCUUGCGGAAGCUUUGGCUGAAAAUUUUGAUUGUGGGGUAAUUUUUCUUGAAUUUUUUGACCUGAAAUUAAUUUUAGGUCAAAAAUCUUGAUUCCAGACUAUUUUUCCAGAAUUUUUGAUCUGAAAUUGAAAAUUUUAAUUUCAGGUUUUUCUAAUUUUAAAUUUUUUUAAAAUAUUCUAAUUUAGAGCUGAAAAAUUCCAAAUUUCAGACCAUUUUUCUAUAAAUUUUCUGGAAUUUUGAGCUGAAAUUCAGAAAAUUUGGCCCUGAAAUCAAAAAUUCCUAAUUUUGAGCUGAAAAUCUGAAUUUCAGACUAUUUUUCCAGAUUUUUCGACCUGAAAUUGUUCAUAUUCAGCCGAUUUUUCUAAAUUUCAGGUCAAUUUUCAUCAAAUUUCCAAAUUUUCUAUAAAAAAAUCCAAAAAUUCAUCUAAAAAUCCCCCAGACAUCACCGGAAAUUCGCGAUUUUGUCGCACUUUUGUUUUUCACAAACUCAAAAAUCAUCAUCACGGUAUUUCAAAGAUCACCUCCCAGAAUCUACAGUACCCCCCAAAGCCACGUGUCCCAAUUUUUUGCAGCUCACCGUAUCCAUCACAAUCUCCCUGAUUCUUCACAUUCCCCAACUUUACACCGAGAUCGAAUGCGAUAAUUGCAUCUACAGUACCCCAACUACCGUACUACCCAUCUCGAAAUUCACCAUCAUUGCCACGUGGCUUUUGUCAGCUGGAGCACUAUUGCUCAUAUUAGUGCUAUUGUGGUACAAUAGAGCGCAGUUGGCCAGGUUUGUGGAUUUUUUGAAUUUUCAAAAAUUUCAAAAAAAAAUUUUGCGCGCGAAAAGUUUUGAAUUUCAAAAAAAAUCAAUAAUUUCUAGGAAAACCUAUUCACUAUCGAUCGAAUUUCAAAUCAAUCAAAAUCUUCGAAUUUUGCACCUCAUUUUACCCAUCACAAUUUUGACGUUUCUCACGUUUCUUGCGAUUGGCGCAGCCGAAUUAUCACCGAUUUUUUCACGGGAUUUUGAGGAGGGCGAUGAUGAUGGAGAGGUUAUUAGGAGAAGAAGUUGGAGAAUGAUGCAGAAUGUGAGUUUUGAGCGGGUGAUGGAAAUGCGUCAGCAAAAUUUUUGAGAUUUCAUAGUAUGUAUUUAGAGCUAUUAGAAACACGUCAGCAAAGUAUUCAGCUACUAGAAAUGCGUCAGCAACGUUUAAUUAGAAACUAGGGGCUGUUAGCCCCCAGGCGUAACAGUCUUCUCAUUUAUUUCAGUUUCACUUUUUUCUGUGGAAAAUUGAGAAUUCAUGAAAAAUUACAACCAAAUUUAGAUAUAGAAAAUUUCAAAUUUUUUGAUCGAAAAAUGACUCGUGGCUAAAUUAGGAAGGGUUCCUAAUUUUGCCAAAGAUGACGUCAUCGAUCAAUUUUUCGAAAAAAAAAACUUAUUGAAUCUAUUUUUUAUAAGGAAUUAAAUGUACUCGCAAGAUGUUAACCAAAAGAAUUACAAUUGAAUCCAUGAAAAAUUUCAAGUUUUUUUUAAUCAAAAAAUGACUCGAUUUUCCAUGAAUACAAUUGUAAGUCAAUUUUCCACAGAAAAAAGUGAAACUGAAAUAAAUGAGAAGACUGUUACGCCUGGGGGCUAACAGCCCCUAGUCCUCUAACAAAAAAAAUCGGCCCGAGUUUUUUUUUGAAAAAACGCGGGCCGAUUUUUUUUUUGAAAAAACUCGGCCCGAUUUUUCUUGAAAAGACUCCGGCCGAUUUUUUUUUCAGGGCAAAGUCAAGCGUAUUUUCAAAAAAUUUUUUUAGAAUGUUCAAAGCUACUUGAAACACGUCAGCGAAGUUUUCAGCUACCAAAAACACGCCAUCAAACCCCAAAACUACACCAAAAACACGUCAAUCUCCAUCUCAAAAUGAUUUCUUUCAGCUCUUCCCCAUCUACACCUUACUCUGCUCCACAAUCUGGCUCAUUCAAAUGCUCAUCAAGCGAAAAUCGCAAAAACGUGCAUCGCAGCGACUCGUCGCGUCGCUCGCCAAAAAAGUCGACGAGAAAAACGUGUACUUCCAGACUUUGCAAAAUCAGUGGGGCGGAGCCUAUCCGUCAACUGCGAGUUCAACAACUUUUUCGAGCAAAAAAACAUCUACAGUACUACCGGCACGUGGCGGGAGUACGAUACUUGUACGAAGUUCGGUGCAUGAGAGAUGA